AUGCCAUUGAAGCCUGGAAUGUCGUUUCUUAAUAUUGGCUCCGGAACUGGCUACUUCAGCUGCCUGGUAGCUGAAGUGGUCGGCGAGUGUGGCGUGAAUGAUGGGCUGGAGCUAUGGCCGGAGAACGUCGCUCAUGCGCAGGAACGUUGCCUCUCGCUGGGCAAACACCACAUCGAAUUCAACGUUGGGAACGUGUACCAGCUCGACGUCAAUCUGGGAAUGCGCUACGACCGAAUUUACGCAGGCAUGGAAAGUACGGCUGGACGAGGCCUUUUGCUGGACUUCCAUGCCGUGGCCUACUGCACAUUGCAGAACAUUCAUGCCAAUCCUGAAUACUUGGACAACGUUGCCUCCAACGACAGGGAAUGUUGCGACCAACUCUGCUCGACAGUGCAGUGCAACGCCACGCACGCGGUUCCAACUGAAAAGAAGGAUAAGGUGGGCGCAUCACCUGAGGAAUGCUGUGAGCCAAAAUGCUCUCAGCACGCUUGCUUUGGCAGCUGGGCCACAGAUGAGUCCAAGCUGGACAAGGCGGGCCAGUCAGAUGAGCAGUGCUGCACUCCGUCUUGCGCGGCCUUUGUCUGCGACAAGUCCGAGGGCUUCCAAUACGUCGCUGAGCGACACGAUAAAGCGCAGCCUGUUGAGAACCCCAAGGACUUCUGCUGCCAGAAGACUUGUGGAUUUUACAAGGAUCGGUGCGAAGAAAAUCAUGGCGUUGACACGAUGGAUAAGGUGAAAAUGGCCACUGCCGCAACGGAUGCUAAUUUCAAAGACAAGUGCUGCGAGCCAAAAUGUUCUAGUGUUACCUGCGAAGCCAAGCAUCAUCAUGAUCCAACUUACCUGGACUACCUGAUAUCAAAGGUGCCGGUGGGCUCCAGCUGUUGCAUUCCAACAUGCGCGGCCUACAGCUGCUCCAAAGGUUGGACAUCAAAUCCUGCUGUCGCCAAUUUCGUGUCAGCAGGAUUGACCGACGAAGAAUGCUGUCUGCCAACCUGCGCCCUACACAAGUGUGGCAAAGGCUGGUUUAACAGCACCAACCAGGGCAAGUUGAUGAAGGUCUCCAAGUCGGAUGCGAAAUGCUGUGAGCCAAGCUGCAAGGAGUCCAAGGAGUUCCAAUGCCGAGCAGGCUUUGCACAGCGGCCAAGUGCGGAGACCACGCCAGCAACAGGCCACGACACCUGCUGCGA